AUGAAUGUGGUGUAUUCAACGUUUUGCAAUGUGUGCACCGAAAUCCUCAGACGUCCACAAGGCUGCCAUACAACACACACAAAUGGGGAAAGUCAGGCGGUGGUGGCCGAUGAUGCGCAUUACAUUCCCCGAGCAGUUCUACUGGACUUAGAACCGCGUGUGAUUAACACGAUUCUCAGCUCGCCGUACGCUCGCUUAUAUAAUCGCGAAAAUGUCUACUUGUCCAAAGACGGCGGAGGAGCCGGGAAUAUUUGGGCUGCCGGUUACACGCAAGGAGAACGGUUAGAGGAAGAAAUAUUCGAUAUCAUUGAGCGCGAGGCAGAGGGUAGUGAUAGCUUGGAGGGAUUCGUCAUGACGCACUCAAUUGCCGGAGGAACCGGGUCUGGAAUGGGCUCGUUCAUCUUGGAACGUUUGAACUCCCGAUUUCCGAAGAAAUUGAUUCAAACUUAUUCCGUUUUUCCCAAUGUGGAAGAUACAAGUGAUGUGGUCGUACAACCUUACAACAGUCUGCUUACCUUGAAACGGUUGACCUUAAACGCGGACUGUGUGGUUGUUUUGGAUAACACGGCCUUGCAUCGGAUUGCUGCCGAAAGACUCCACAUUGAAACCCCUUCAUUGGCUCAGAUUAAUCAAUUGGUAUCCAAAGUCAUGUCGGUGAGCACGGCCACAUUGCGCUAUCCGAGCUACAUGAACAACGAUCUGAUUGGUCUGAUCGCCCCGCUCACUCCCACCCCGCGAUUGCAUUUCCUCAUGACCGGGUACACACCGCUGAGCACGGACACGGAAGUGUCCACUGUGCGACGGACAACCGUGUUCGAUGUGAUGCGUCGUCUGUUACAACCGAAAAACAUGAUGGUCUCUACCCCGGUUCAGCGCGGGAUCAAUCAUUGCUAUGCGUCUAUUUUGAACAUUAUCCAAGGUAUAUUGUCUCUGACAUGGUCCGCAUUGCAAUGA